AUGUCAAAAAUUUUAGCUGCUGGUACUAAAGAAAAUGGCUCAAAAUUGAGCCCAGAAGACGCAUUUUUUGAAAACUUAACUCUUGGAUUAAUGAAAACCCUCUCAAACGUUCCAAGGAUAACAAAUGUUGUUAUGGAGAAAAGACCACCUUGUGAAAAAGUAAUGCUAUCAAACUGGGAGCAACGGCAUAAUGUUUAUUUACCAGAAGAUAUGAAAAAAUUUUAUUUAUCUUGCGAUGGAUUUCAUUUACAUUGGAGUUAUCAAUAUGCACCAAAUGAUAUUCGACGAGUUGGAUCAAUUAAUUGCCCUCAUUUACUACAAAUAACUUUGCUUAGAGAGAAUGUGGAUGUAUUGAAUAGUACUAACUCAGAAACAAACAAAAAUCUACAAAAUAUUAAUACAACACCAGGACUUAUUGUGACACCAAAAACUAAAAUUUUUGAACUUAAUAUGGUAACAGAUUUGGCCAAGAUAUGUCUGGUAUAUGAAUCUACCGGGUUAGGUUGUGCCAAAAUUUUUCUUUUAGAGCUAAACUCAUAUAAAUGGCAAUUUCUUGCAGAAACUUUUAGUGAAUAUAUUCGAAUGGCUAUUGCGCAUUUGGGCUUACCUUAUUGGGAACUUUGCUUUUCUAGUGUUGGAUUACCAUCAUGGACUGAGCAAUUAUAUUUAUUGUUAGCCCCACACUUAAUUGAAGAAAAUGAACCAAGAAGAGGUCGUGCUAUACAACCAAUAUCAGAGCAACCCUAUCAAACUCUUGAUCCAAAUAUAUUUAAAAAUAAACCGAAAUGUACGAAAAUUUUACCCAAGGUCAAAUAAUUCUCUUAAAUUUUUAUACACAUACCUACCUACAUGCUGCUAGUAUAGCAUAAUAAUAAAUAUUUAC